CAAAAGUGUAGAACAAAAACCUCACACUCCCACACACACUCUCACAUACACUCUCACAACUCACACACACUCACACACACUCAUCACAGAUCAGACAGGCAACAGCUACUGCGUCUGCUGUCGACAAUCCAAACAGAGACACCAUGGCUUCAGCAGUGCUCCUGUUCUUUGUGCUGAUGGUGAUGUCUGUACGUGAUGGAAAGUCGGAGAAAAGUCUGUUUAAUCUGAAAUGUGAGUCUGCAGUAGGAGUCAUUAGUCAGAACACGAACAUCCCGUGCAGCAUCGAGUCUCAGAAAAAGCCUGUUUCUAUUAACACAGUGGUUUUAAAGCGGCUUGGACAGAAAAAACCCUGUUUCGUAUACCAACCACACGAGAACACAAUCACAGGAGACACACGAUUUAAAGUUCUAGGUGGUUCAUCAUUACAGCUUCAGAACACUGCCAUCUCAGAUGAAGGUGAAUAUGAAUAUCACAUCAGGACCAGCCUGGGUGAAGAUCUAAUAAAAUUCACAAUCAGUGUCACAGCGAAGUACAACAACCCGGUCAUAACCUCAGUGCCGGAAAAGAUCGAGAAGAAUGGACGAGCUGAGCUGCACUGUACUGCCAGUGGUGGAUACCCGGCAGGAACCAUCCACUGGUUUGAUCAAAGCAACACAAACUGGACAAAAAGCGCAUCACUGGACAUCACACGGGGAGACGACGGUCUCCACACUCUGUCCAGCACACUGAGAUUCCAGAGCUUCGACACUCUCUGGGCUCCUUUUAAGUGCAUCGUCCUCAACAACAAAUAUCAAGAAGAAGGAAGGAGCAGCUUCAUCCUGGAGAGAAAAGAUGUUUCAGAGACCACUGUGGGAAACAACACGAUGACGAACACCAUCGCUGGUGUGGUUGUUAUCGGUUCUCUCGUCGCCGGCCUCCUGGUGGCUCUGUUGUGCAGGCAGAGACGUGUUCAGCAGUUAAGACGAGCGUCGGCUCUCCCAUUCUGAACCCUCUGCCUUCAGAGCCUCAGUAUGAUGAAGAGAAAGAAGGCCUGGAGGGAAGUGUUUAUAAGGAAACAGCUGAUGGAAGACAGGAUUUCUCUGUGUAACAUUUGUGCAAUGUAAAUUACAUACAGAAGUCAAUAACGCGGUGCUCAGUCACGGCAAAACUUUACUCUCGACUAAAUAGAUUCCAUUCGUAUCAAAAACAAGCCAGUUAUUGUUUAAUGUCAUGCGACUCUUUAGCGCAGAUAUUAAUGUGACAUUAAAGGCCAGUACAGAUUGUGUUGUGUAGGAAGGGGUGGGUGCAGGGGGACAGGAUGGGGGAAGGAGGAAACAUUUUCCCACAGACUGGGAAAAUUCCACAGUGUGAGAUUUGGAGAAAUACAGACUGAUGGAAAAACAAAAAGUGAAAGUUUAGUUUGAACUCAGUUGUAUUUGUUGUAUAAUUUGUGUUUAUUUCUUUUCCUUUCUGGUUAAUCUGAUAGAAUGAGCCGAGACGAUUAUCUGUGUGCUGAAUUCUCCAGUAACAAGUUUUUCCUGUAGUACACACAUAUAACAACCAUAAUCUUCUUCCUGUGUUUGCUGAAUAACACACUCUGGUGAAUAAUACACCAGGAAACUACUAACAGGUGUCUCAUUGUUCCAGAGUCUGAGGUUACAUUAUUGAUUAAGUAUGUAAAAAGAUUGAAUACUAUGAGGAAACUUCCAUUACAUGUUCACUAAAACAGCGACGUGCCUCUGGUGCUGCUGCAUCAAACCUGCUUUAUUUACAUUAUAAUGUCAAGUUUUAUCUCAGCCCCAAUCUUACACACCCACACACACACACACACACACACCCUGUGCACUUUUUACAGCCCAUAAAAAGGCCAAAGUUUAAAACUGUACAUAGAGAAUCUCCAGAAUGCCGUCACUGAAAAAACGCUACUAUUCUAGAAGCUGUAAUGUAAAUAAAUUAAUCAAUAAAUAAUACACAUUUUUUAAACAUAAAUAAAGAUAAAAAAAAUAUAUAUAAUAAAUAACGCAGCCGAACUAGAGCACUAAAGACUGAGCCCCCUGCUGGAUGGGACCGGUAUUAAACUCAGAAGGAUGAAGCCUACAUGGGCCCCCUGGCACGGCCCUUUACUGUAAAAUAAAUGCCCUCAGGAGAUUUUAGAGUGCAGUAAAUUUCACUUUAAAAUAAAUCUAAAGAAACAGUUUGAAUUCAUUGUGUUUAUUAGUGUGUGCAGAAUCAGAUCAGUGUGAGAGAAAAACCUGCAAGAGUGAAAUCAGACUCAGGUGAAAUCAGGUUUCGGGAGAUAUUUCUAGAAAUCACUAAAAAUCUAACUAAAAUCUAGAUUUUUUUUCUCUAUUUUCAUUAUGCUGCUUCUGGACUGAAAAUAAUUUUUCUUAAAUAACUGUUUAAUUACUGUUUGAAAAAUCUAUAAUACAGAAAAAUAAUGUCACAUAAACACUGAAUGAAAAAUCUUGUUUUCACUGUUCUGUGACUUUUAAGUCUGUUUUUGCACUAUAUUACACAUGCAGCUCAUUCUGUAUCAAACACCACCCUUUUAUAUGCCAUGGUGUUUAAUUUACUGUUUAUCACUCUUACUUCUGAUUUACACAAACCUGUGUUUUUGUGUGUAUUUUUGUAUUUUUACUGUAAAAUAAAAACAAAUAAAAAUGUACUAAACUGA